AAUUGGUGGCUCCGACAAGGAGCUUAAGAGAUGAGGAGGAUCCCAGGCUUGAUGCCUCACGGGAAGCAGUACCAGCAGGGGGGGUUGAGGAGUCCAUCCAAACUGAUCAACAUGAAGUAAAUGAGGGGGAUAACACCACAGGUUUGGUUGUUACAUGUCAUAUAAUAACUGGAUAUGUAUCUGUACAUAAACUCUCAGCUAUUCAAAUUUGGUUAGGUUAGAUUUUACAUUAACUAACAGCUUUAUUAACUUGGUGGGUACAGUUCAAGCCAUAAAAAAACGAGGCCGCGGCCCAGCUAAGGGUACAACAUUUGACAGGUUACGAAAGAUUGGUAAGAUACCUUUAAUUAUAAAGGAGUAGAUGAAGUUAGGAAAAAGUUACAAUCAUGAAUAUGGUGGUGACUGAAAUUGUUAUGAAAACCUGGAUAAAUAUAAACAAAGUGAUUGCUGUAUCACUAACAUGGGAAUAUACAUGGUAGGCAGUAAUGGUGACAUCUGUAAAAAGAGGCCGGAGGGGAGAAUUAGACAUGGACGUCCACUCAUAGCAUCAAGCCAACCUGAUGAAGCUCCAGGGCUGGUGCCUCCAACAAGGAGACUAAGAGAUUACGUCAAUCCCAUUAUUAAUGCCUCAGCCCAUGCAGUACCAACAGAAGGGUUGAAUAAUCCAGAAUUGGUGGCUCCGACAAGGAGCUUAAGAGAUGAGGAGGAUCCCAGGCUUGAUGCCUCACGGGAAGCAGUACCAGCAGGGGGGGUUGAGGAGUCCAUCCAAACUGAUCAACAUGAAGUAAAUGAGGGGGAUAACACCACAGUUCAAGCCAUAAAAAAACGAGGCCGCGGCCCAGCUAAGGGUACAACAUUUGACAGGUUACGAAAGAUUGGUAAGAUACCUUUAAUUAUAAAGGAGUAGAUG